GAGCCCACAUCUGCAGACCGCUCGUGACAGAAGCUCCCCUUCGGCAGCUCCAAUGCGCAGACGUGUUUCAAGGAGCUCGUCGGAAGAGUCGGUGGAGCUGAAGAUUGUGGUCGGGCCCACGCGGAAGCUACCAGGGAGACUGGGUGUGAGCAGGCGGUUUCAGCAGAUGUCCCGGCGAGAUAUUAUUUCAAGGGCUAGCUGCUCAAGCACAGAGAACUGCAUCCGACUCAGUGACUACUUGCGGAUGAGGCCAAGAGCAGCAGCAGGAGGAGAGUUGCAGCCUGUGCCGGAGCUCUCCUUUGGGAGUGCAUUACACGUGGGGGAUGGCGUGAAUGCGUUGUGCUUGGUGUGCAGCUAUCACAAGCCCCCGCUCCGGACGUGUACUAAAGGGGCCUUCUGUGACUUCUGCCACCUGCAUGAUGGACGCCGGAACAGACGGCGACGCAAUUUGCGUGACGAGUCCGGCCGGAUGGUUUGGGCGGAUACCGAGGUGCAAAUCCUGGAGGGCAUCCGUCUCUGA